CCGAGAUUCCGCCUUCUGAUUGGCGGGAGCGCGACCUCUGGGCGGAGCGCGUUCUGAUUGGUCGAGGCGCGGGCGCUGAGGCACGCGAUUGGCUGGGGCGGGGAGGGCGGAAGUGGAGAGGCGGUGCCGGGAAAGAUGCAGGCCGCUCCCCAGGACUACCGGAAUGUGCCCAUCGACAUCCAGACCAGCAAGCUCCUGGACUGGCUGCUGGACCGGCGGCACUGCGGGCGGCGCUGGCCCGGUGUCCCCGCGGUGUCCCCGUGUCCCCCGUCCCCCGGUGACCCCUGUCCCGGUGUCCCCGGCAGACUGGCUGCUGGACCGGCGGCACUGCGGGCGGCGCUGGCCCGCGCAGGUGGCGCAGGUGCGGGAGCGGAUCCGGGCGGCGCUGCAGGACAUGCCCGAGCACCCCGAGAUCCGAGAGCUGCUCCAGGGCUCCUACCUGCACUACUUCCACUGCCUGCGCAUCGUGGAGAUCCUCAAGGGCACCGAGGCCUCCACCAGGAACCUCUUCGGGCGCUACUCGUCCCAGAGGAUGAAGGACUGGCAGGAGAUCGUGUCCCUCUAUGAGAAGGACAAUGCCUACCUAGCCGAGCUCUCGAGCCUGCUGGGGCGCAGCAUCAGCUACGAGCUGCCGGCGCUGCGGCGGCAGCGGGGCCGCUGGCAGCAGGCGCAGCAGGAGCUGGCGCGGCGCGAGGACGAGUGCCAGCUGCGGGCGGGCGAGCUCCGCGAGCGCUUCCUGGGCUCCUGCCGCCAGUACGGCAUCGCCGGCGAGGACGUGCGCCGGGAGCUGCUGGCUCAGGUGCAGGCGCUGCCGUCGCUGCUGUCCCGCGUCGGGGACAGCGCCAGCGCCCUCGGGGACGCCAUCGAGCUGUACCAGGCCUGCGUGGCCUUCGUGUGUGACAGCCCCGGGGCCGAGGCGCUGCCGCUGCUGCGGCACGUGGUGUCCCACGGCAACUCCUCGGUGUUCCGGUGGCGCACGGGGCAGGAGCCGCUGCGGCUGGAGCGGCCCGAGCCGCCCGAGGCACCGGAGCCGCCCCCGGGGGACACGAUUGACUGGGGGGAUUUCCCCGUGGAGCCGCCCCAGGGCGGGGACAUCGACUGGGGCAUCACGGUGGAGCCCAGUGCCCAGGGGGACGAUGGCAUCGACUGGGGCAACGGAGAGAAGGGACAGGAGGGGACAACCACAGCAGAGCCCAGUCCCCAGGGGGACGAUGGCAUCGACUGGGGCGAUGGAGAGAAGGGGACAGUCACAGCAGAGCCCAGUCCCCAGGGGGAUGAUGGCAUCGACUGGGGCGAUGGAGAGAAGGGGACAGUCACAGCAGAGCCCACUCCCCAGGGGGAUGAUGGCAUCGACUGGGGCGACGGAGGGGGACAGGAGGGGACGAUCACGGUGCUGGAGGCUGGAACUGAGGCCCCCGAGGGUGUUGCCCGCGGCUCGGACGCGCUCACCCUGCUGGAGAACCCCGAGACUCGGAACCAGUUCAUCGACGAGCUGAUGGAGCUGGAGCUGUUCCUGGCGCAGCGGCUGCUGGAGCUGGAGGACGAGGCCAUGGACGUGGUGGCCAUGAGCCAGCUGCAGCUGGCCCCGGCCGUGCUGCAGGGCCAGAGCAGCGAGCACCUGCGGGCCCAGCUGGCCACCGCCCGGGACCUGCUGGCCCAGCUCUGCUCCCGCAGCGUGCAGCACCUCUGCAUGAUCCUGGCCUCGCCCAGGUACGUGGAGCGGGUGACGGCGCUGCUGCGGCAGCAGCUGCUGCAGGCCGAGCUGCAGCUGGCCAAGCGGGAGGCGCUGGGCCGGCGGCGCCGCCAGGCCCUGGCCGAGCAGGCGGCGCUGGAGCCGCGGCUGCGGCGGCUGCAGGAGAGCGCCCGGGAGCUGCAGGGGCUGAUCGAGGCCGACAUCUCCAAGCGCUACGGGGGGCGCCCGGUGAACCUGAUGGGCGUCAACGUGUGACAGCCAGGGGACAAGGGGACAGCAACGUGGGACAGCCGGGGGACAAGGGGACAGCAACGUGGGACAGCCGGGGGACAAGGGGACAGCAACGUGUGACAGCCAGGGGACAAGGGGACAGCAACGUGGGACACCUGGGGGACAGCAACGUGGGACAGCCAGGGGACAGGGGGACAGCAACGUGUGACAGCCGGGGGACAAGAGGACAGCAGCGUGGGACAGCCAGGGGACAAGGGGACAGCAACGUGUGACAGCCGGGGGACAAGGGGACAGCAGCGUGGGACAGCCAGGGGACAAGGGGACAGCAACAUGUGACAGCCGGGGGACAAGGGGACAGCAACGUGGGACACCUGGGGGACAGCAACGUGUGACAGCCAGGGGACAGCAGCGUGGGACACCUGGGGGACAGCAACGUGGGACAGCCAGGGGACAAGGGGACAAGGGGACAGCAGCGUGGGACAGCCAGGGGACAAGGGGACAGCAACGUGGGACACCUGGGGGACAGGAACGUGGGACAGCCAGGGGACAAGGAGACAGCAACGUGGGACACCUGGGGGACAGGAACGUGGGACAGCCAGGGGACAAGGGGACAGCAACGUGUGACAGCCGGGGGACAAGGGGACAGCAACGUGUGACAGCCAGGGGACAAGGGGACAAGGGGACAGCAGCGUGGGACAGCCAGGGGACAAGGGGACAGCAACGUGGGACACCUGGGGGACAGGAACGUGGGACAGCCAGGGGACAAGGGGACAGCAACGUGGGACAGCCAGGGGACAAGGCGACAGCAACGUGGGACAGCCAGGGGACAAGGGGACAGCAGCGUGGGACAGCCAGGGGACAGCAACGUGUGACACCUGGGGGACAGGAAUGUGGGACAGCCAGGGGACAGCAACAUGUGACAGCCAGGGGACAAGGGGACAGCAACGUGGGACACCUGGGGGACAGGAACGUGGGACAGCCAGGGGGACAGGAACGUGGGACAGCCAGGGGACAAGGGGACAGCAACGUGUGACACCUGGCAGGUGUCAGUGUGUGACACCUGAGGGACAUCAACCUGUGACACUUGGUGGGCAUCAACGUGUGACACCUGGGGGACAUCUGGCUGUGGCACCUGGGGGACAUCACCCCCUGACCCCCGAGGGACAUCAGUGUAUGGCCCCAAUCAGCCCGAGACCCCCGAGGGACACGGGGGGUCCCCGGGGGGUCCCGUGCCCCCCAGCCCCCCUGCCCACGCGGGGGUGCCGCUGAAUAAACCCAAAUUUUGUGUCA